UCCCAGUUCCCCACCAUCCGAACCCAAACCGCCAAGCACCUUCCCAAGUCCAAAUUCUCCAUGCUUUGAACAAAGCUCCCAUCCGCAUGUCUACAUGGGUUUGCCCACAGCCCCUUUCUCCUUCUCCUUCUCCUUCUCCUUCUCCUUCCUCUCUCUGUUCUCAACUCUGCUUGUCAUUCUCCACUCCCUCCCAUCCGCCAGAACAGCUUCAGAUUAUGCAAAUCUGGUGUACAGAGGCUGUGCAGUGCAGAAAUUUCAAGACCCAUCCGGGGUUUCCUCGCAAAACCUCAAAACCCUCUUCGAUUCUCUACUUUCCCAGUCUUCCAGAACCAGUUUCUACUCCACAACCGCAGGGGAAGGCCAAUACGCCAUCUUCGGGCUCUAUCAGUGCAGGGGAGACCUCGGCAAUGGCGAUUGCCGCAACUGUUUGAGUAAGCUUCCGGAGCUGUCCGAGAAUCUGUGCGGCAAAGCCAUUGCUGCGAGGGUUCAGCUCAAUGGGUGCUACGUGAGGUACGAGAUUGCGGGUUUCAAGCAGAUUGGGGGGACUGAGUUGCUCUACAAGGUGUGCGGGUCGAGUCGGGCGGGCGGGUCUGAGUUCGAGGAAAGGAGGGACUCGGCGUUUCAGAUGGUGGAGAAGGGCGUAGAGGGAGACAGCAAGGGGUUUUACACUGCGAGUUACGAGUGGGUUUAUGCUUUAGGGCAGUGCGAGGGAGACUUGGGGAGUGGGGAUUGUGGGGAUUGCGUGAGGAGUGCUUUGGACAGAGCAAAGGUGGAGUGUGGAAGCUCAAUCUCAGGGCAGGUUUACCUUCACAAGUGCUAUAUUAGCUACAGCUAUUACCCAAAUGGGGUGGCCACCAAAGGCCCAUCAGAAAAUAAGCAGAGCACAGAGAAAAUAGCAGCAAUUGUGGUGGGAGUGGCUGCAGCUGUGGGAUUUGUGGUUUCUUGUUUGAUGUUUGCUAGAACGGCGCUGAAGAAAAAAUAAAGUUUCUCUACACCUGUAUAAUUCUGCACAGUGCAUUGAAUGAUGAAGCUUAGGGUUUAGGGUUUUAGAAGUUUAAACAGUUUUCCGCGGUGGGAGUUUUUGGAUCAGCGAAUAUUCAUCGGGAAGUGUGAAGAGAAAGAAGGAAGAAAACAAUAAACAAUAGGCUUUCUUUUUGAGUUUUUCAUUUUUAAAGUUCCUGCAUGCUCCUUUUGAUUCUGCUGUUGUUUUUAAGAAUCAAAUAGCUUGUGUUUGUGUAUUUACUGUACAUAUUGGAUGCACAUGAACAGAUUAAAAAUUGAUAAUAUGAAUUAAAGUACACUGCUUUACUUUAAAAAA